GAGGACCAAUAUGGAACCCAAACUGGAUAAGUUCUUACUGAUGGGAUCAGUGGAUAAAGAGUCAGAGCUAUGGCUAACAUUACAGUAAACCAGCAAAUGUUGGCCAUGAGCAUUCCCCAGGCAACACAUCAUCAGUCUGACUUGGAGUGCACCUCCCUUCCAGUGCAGAAGGAUUGCCUUGGACUCCCUUUGCCUACAAGAAGAGCCCCUUCCUGGCCGCCUUCCCCUGGUGAGGACCCUGGGUUACUUCCCUUUCCUUUGGAAGAGCCUGGCCCCAGACCCCUGGUCCCAGGUACCCUUGCCUUUCCAGCUCUGUCCCUUGAGGAAGAGGAGCAGGAUGAGGAUGAUGAAGAUGCAGCCCAGCCUGAGGAGCUGCGCAGUGAGAAGCAUGUCAGCCAGUUCUUUGCAGAAGCCCUGCGGCUGCGGGAGCAGAGGCUGUUGCUGGAUCAAGAGGUGUCAGUUGGGGGAAGAGUAUAUGGGGUACAUCAAGUGAUCUUGGCUGCAGUCAGCAGCCUCUUUCAAGGCAGGCUGAAGCAUGCCAAAGGUCCACAGCCUUGCUUCAGCCUCAAUGUGACCCCAGGGGGUUGGGAGGCCUUGCUGAGCUUUGCCUAUGAAGGAGUCCUAGGCCCUGCCUCACGGAAUGAAGUGCUGGCUGCUGCUGAAGCACUGGGAGCACCCCGAGUGAAGGCUGCAGCCCAGCCUGGAAAGGUGAAGAAGCUCAGCCAGGCAGAGGAGCUGAGGGAGAAUCUGCACAGCAUUGAACUCCUGUACCAGGAUGGUAUUGGGUGUGACCUGGAGCUGGAGGCCGAAGGCUACCGGCUAUGGGUUCACCGAGCAGCGCUGGCCUGUGGUAGUGAGUUCUUUAGGGCCAUGCUCCUUAGUGGGAUGAGGGAAUCCCAGGGCACAGAGGUGUCUCUGCGUACCAUCUCUAUCCAGGACCUGCGCCUGCUCAUCUCUUUUGCCUACUCUGGGAUUGUACGGGCACGAUGGCCAGGACUGUUAAGAGCUGCCCAAGCUGCCUUGCAGUAUCAAAGCUCUUCUUGCCUGGAUCUGUGUCAGAAAGCCUUGGCGCGAAGCCUCAGCCCUGCCCGUUGCCUGGCCCUGCUUCCCACUGCCGAAGCCCCUGGGUUGGAAAGGCUCCGGGGAAAAGCUCGCCACUACCUUCUGACCCACCUGCCUGCCGUGGCUUUGUGCCCCACUUUUCCUUCUUUGCCAGCUGUCUGCCUGGCUGACCUUCUGGACAGCGAUGAGCUACAUGUGCAAGAGGAAUUUGAGGCCUUUGUGGCAGCACGACGUUGGCUAGCUGCCAACCCUGAGACCCAGGAGUCAGACGCGAAGGCCCUGCUACGAUGUGUCCGUUUUGGCCGCAUGUCUACCAGGGAGCUUCGGAAAGUGCGAGCAGCUGGGCUACCCUCACCUCUGCCCGCAGACCUGCUCCAUCAGCUGAUGGUUGAGGCUGAGAUUCCAGGUCAAGAGCGGAGAAGGGAGCCAGACCGAGCACUGGUGGUGAUUGGUGGGGAUGGGCUCACUCCCGACAUGGCUCAAAGACAGCCAUCUCGUAAAGUGUGGUGGGCCAGGGCCUUCCGCUGUGGUAUGGGACUGGUCCGCACUGUGGAGUGGGGGUGGCUGCCUCCUCUGCCUGCCCCGGGGCGCUUCCGGCAUGGCGCUGCCAGCCUAGCAGGAUGCGAGCUCUAUGUGUGUGGAGGUCAGGAUUUCUACAGCCACUCUAACACUCUGGCUUCUACUCUCAGGUGGGACCCCAGUCAAGAGGGCUGGGAAGAGAUGGAACCUCUUUGUCAGGCAAGGAGCUUUUUUCCUCUGGUGGCAUUGAAUGGACAACUUUAUGCCCUGGGUGGACGAGACAAUGGUAUUGCCCUUAGCUCUGUGGAGACCUAUAACCCUGAGCUCAAUGUCUGGAGGCCAGCACCUUCACUGCCAUCACCAUGCUUUGCCCAUGCAGCUGCUGUCUUAGAAGGCCAAAUAUAUGUGAGCGGUGGCUGUAGUGGCACUGGACAAUACCUGGCCACACUGUUGCACUAUGAUCCCACACUUGAGAAGCCAGAGACACUUUUGAGUCCUAUGGGGGUACCUCGGGCUGGCCAUGUUAUGGCUGCUGUGGGUGGGCGAUUGUAUGUGGCAGGUGGGCUAGGGGAGACUGGGGACCUGCUGAGCUUUGAAGCCUAUGAACUGAAGACUGGUAGCUGGACUCACCUGGCUCCUCUGCCCUCCCCCCAUGUGGGGGCUGCAAGUGCUGUACUGCAGGGGGAGCUGCUGGUGCUGGGGGGUUACAGCCACCGUACUUAUGCCCUCUCCCACCUUAUCCAUGCCUACUGCCCUGGUCUUGGCCGAUGGCUCUGCCUGGGGACUCUGCCAAGACCACGGGCAGAGAUGCCUGCCUGCAUCCUGACCCUGCCUACGGUGCAGCACAUAUCAUUGAUUCCUACUGGGCACCACACCAAACCUGCCGGGUAAACAGCAGGAGCUGGGUGCUGGUGACUCAUGACUGUAAUUGUAACUAAUCAGGAGGCUGAGAUCUGAGAAUCACGGUUCCAAGCCUGGGCAGGAAAGUUUAUGAGACUCUUAUCUCCAAUUAACCAGCAAAAAUCCUCCUGUUUCAGUCUCUUGAGGGCUGGUAUUACAGGUGUAUGGCAUUAUGCCUGGCUUCUUUCUGGUUUCUUUCCUUCCCUAUAGGUUCCUGAGGAUAUCAGGAGUAGAAAUAAGACCGUUAUGGUGGGAGGUCCUAAGGUGUAAGAGGAAGUGCCCGAAAGAACUAAAUAUAGAGAAAAUUCAGAAAAACCCUUUCCU